GAGACAGAAUACACACCUGACCGCCACUGUGUGAAGUGCUGCUUUUUGCUUAUUACAGCUAGCAGUAGAAGUCUAUGUCUCUAAGUGUGUGUGUGUGUGUGUGUGUGUGUGUGUGUGUCACAGGAUACAAAGUAGAUGAUGGAUUGUGUUGCAGGAUUGAUUUCUGGGUUGUGUGUGAGCAGGCAGCGGGGGGCGGAGCUCAGGGGAAUGAAGGUGUGGACGAAGGGGGUGGAGUCCGGCGGCGUGCCCCGCCCACUGAGCUGAAGCUGGUCCCGCUGGAGGAGGGGUCAGAGGUCAGCAGUGACAUCACCAGCGCACUGAUGCUGCAGAGGCAAAGGAACCGAAGGAAGACGGCCUUCUACCUGACCCUGAGCGGCCUGCUGAUCUUCACCACGGCGUUCCUGCUGGGAUACGUGGCGUUUCGUGGGAUGUGUGUUGUGUGCGGGAACGAGGGCGAUCUGAUUCCUCUGAGCGACGCGGCCGGAGCUCAACACUCGCCCGAGGGAGGCAUCAUGUACAUGGCUGAACUCAGAGAGAUGCUGAAGAAAUACCUGAAGGAGGAGAGGAUCGAGAACACGCUCAGGCGUGUGAGUCGGGCGUCUCAUCCUCCGGGGUCCUCGGAAGGAAAUGUGGUGGCCAGAGAAAUCCUGCAGAACCUGCAGAACCUGGGCAUGGAUCACACCUGGACCGACUCGCACUACGCCACGCUUCAGUUCCCCUCUAGGACGCGGCGUAACACGCUCUGGUUGGUGGAUUCUGAGGGGGCGGAGCUGGAGGAGAUUCCUUUGGACAGCGAGGGAUACUGUGCCUACAGCGCCACGGGAACCGCCACGGGCGGCGUGGUGUACGUGAACUACGGCCGGCGCGAGGACUUCGAUCAGCUGCGCGCGAUGGGCGUCACCCUCAACGGGUCCAUCGCCGUGGCGAGGGUGGGAGGAGCCGCGAGCUUCGCCGAGAAGGUGUGGCACGCGCAGGAGGCGGGGCUUGUGGGAGUGCUCAUCUACCCUGAUCCCGCCGACGUCCCCCAGGAUCCACGACGACUCGGUCUCCACAGCAACGCCGUCAUCUCUGAACACGUGCACCUGGGCUCCGGCGACCCCUUCACACCUGGCUUUCCCUCGUUUAACCACACCCAGUUCCCUUCCACCCAAUCCUCAGGCCUGCCAAUCAUUCUGGCUCAGCCAAUCAGUGCCAACGUGGCCUCCAAGCUGCUGAGUCAGUUGACCGGCUCUGAUUGUCCACGAGGCUGGCAGGGCCGUUUACCGUACGUUCAGUGUGUUCUGGGGCCGGGCUUCACAGGGCCGGAUGAGCGCAGGGUGAAGAUGGCCGUGUAUAACACCAUGAAGCCGGUGCUGCUCAACAACAUCUUCGCCUCCAUCGAGGGCAAAGUCGAACCCGAUCACUAUAUCAUCAUCGGGGCCCAGAGGGACUCGUGGGGCCCCGGAGCCGUCAAGUCUGGAGUGGGAACGGCGCUCCUGAUGGAGCUGGCCAGAACCUUCAGCAACAUGGUGGAAAGCGGCUUUUACCCAAGACGCAGUUUGCUUUUCGUCAGCUGGGAUGGAGGGGAUUUUGGGAAUGUUGGUGCCACCGAGUGGCUGGAGGGUUAUCUGACCAUGUUACACCUGAAAGCUGUGGCGUAUUUUAGUCUGGAUCAGGCCAUCCUGGGUGAUGAUAUCCUCUCGGUCCACACCACUCCUCUGCUCGCCGAUCUCAUCGAAGGAGCCCUCAAACAAGUGGAGCAUCCCAAACACACGGGUCAGUCCAUUCUGUCUCUGGUGCGGCGGCAGGGCGGCUGGAGGAACAUAGUGAAGCCGUUGUAUCUGAACAGCGGAGCUUACAGCUUCACCGCCUUCGGAGGAGUUCCUGCCAUGCAGCUGCAUUUCACUGAAGCUCGCUCGUACCCGUUCGUCAACACUCAGCUGGACAGCAUGGGUCAUCUGCAGGAGCUGCUUCAGGGUCGUCUGGGGUCAGUGGGUCGAGCCAUAGCUGAGCUGGUGGGUCUGAUGGUCCUCAAACUGUCCCAUGACCACAUCCUACCCCUGGACGUCACCUGCUACAGCAACACAGCCCAGCAGCUGAGCUCCAAACUCAACCAGUACACCGCACAGCUACAGGCGCGUGGUUUGUCUCCGCAGUGGGUAUUCAGCGCUCGAGGUGAUUACAGCAGAGCUGCCAAAAACUUGCACGAGGCCAUAAAGAACAGCGACAUUCAGGACGAGAGACUCUCCAGACUCUACAACACACGCAUCAUGAGGGUGGAGUACUACUUCCUGUCGCAGUACGUGUCGGUGGUGGAGACGCCGUUCCGUCACGUGUUUCACGGCCGCGGCGACCACACUCUGAGCGCUCUGGCCGAUCACCUGUCGCUGCUGCACUCCGCCCCGCACCUGUUCGACGAGGCUCGUUUCCGUCGCCAGCUGGCGCUCUUCACCUGGACGCUUCAGGGCGCCGCGAACGCGCUCAGCGGAGACGUCUGGAACAUCGAUAACCCGCUCUAGAGCUACACACGCGGCCUUCAGCGUCUAUUUAUCCAGCAACAACCUCGAAUGCCAUUACAUGCAGUGCUUUUACACACAGUCAAACCCAAGUUUAUUCAGACACCUAUGACACUUCUCACAUUAUCACAGUAGUUUAGAAAAUGCAAUCGGAACAAAGUCAUCUCGAUAAUGCUAGAACUUUGGUAAAGUUGAUGCUUUGAAUCUUACAAUACACGAUGCUCAAAUCAUUACACCCCAAGAAAAUGUAUAUAUUUUUAUUACUUCAUAUAGUUGAAGACUACAUCAGUGUUUUGCAUCUAAGAGCAACAUGAUGGUCUUUCAUUCCUGAAUGAAUCAGCAGUUUAAAUGAUUCGGUUCAAUCACAGUGACUCACUCAUUGACAGUGACUUACUGCCACCUACUGGCGAUUUUUAUUUACCCUAUUAAAUAUUGUAUUUUUCUAUUAUAUUUAAAAAUUAGAUAAUUAAAUGUAAUAAUUUGUCUCAAAAUAUAACUUGUAG